AGCUCAGCCUAGUAACGAUCGGCACCGAACACUACAAUGCAGUCCUGGACAAGAAACACUUGCAAGGCAAACGAUUUUUGGAUCAAAUUGAACCACGAGAUCCCAUCGGGGCAGCAGACGUGGCCCGUGCCGAUCCGUCUACUUAUACGGGCGGCGCGAAGAUAGAGAGAGAGAGAGAGAGAGAGAGAGAGAGGCAGCAAUGGCGGAGGAGGGGAAGCAGCAGCUGCGGUCGUUCGUGGAGGUGCCCCGGGGGUCGCACUUCCCAAUCCAGAACCUUCCCUUCGGGGUCUUCCGCCGGCCGGGGCAGCCGCCGCGGCCCGCCGUCGCCAUCGGCGACUUCGCGCUCGACCUCGCCGCCGUCGCCGACGCCGGGCUCUUCGACGGGUCCGUCCUCUCCGGCUCCCCAUGCUUCCACCAGGAGACGCUCAACAUGUUCUUGGGGAUGGGGCGGCCGGCGUGGAAGGAGGCGCGCGCCACGCUCCAGAGGAUCCUCUCAGCGGAUGAGCCAGUCUUGCGUGACAAUGAGGCCUUGAGGAAGAAGUGUUUGGUGCCAAUGAGUGAUAUAGAGAUGCUUCUACCAAUGACAGUAGGAGCCUACACAGACUUCUUUUGUUCUGUGCACCAUGCAAGGAAUUGCGGGUUUAUAUUCCGUGGGCCACAGACUCCAAUUAAUCCGAAUUGGUUUCAUCUUCCAAUAGGUUACAAUGGACGGGCAUCAUCUGUAGUUGUGUCUGGAACAGAUGUUAUUCGACCCAGAGGACAAGGCCAUCCAACAGGGAACUCCACACCUUAUUUUGGUCCUUCUCAGAAGCUUGAUUUUGAACUUGAGAUGGCUGCAGUUGUUGGUCCAGGGAAUGAAUUGGGCAAACCUAUUGAUAUUAAUGAUGCUGAAGAACAUAUCUUCGGCCUAGUGUUAAUGAAUGAUUGGAGUGCCAGAGAUAUCCAGGCUUGGGAGACUAUACCUCUUGGACCUUUCCUUGGGAAAAGCUUCAGUACAACAAUAUCACCUUGGAUUGUCACUCUUGAUGCUUUAAAGCCUUUUUCCUGUGAGGCUCCUAAGCAGGAACCUGAGCCUUUGCCUUACUUAGCUGAAAAGAAUCACAUAAAUUACGACAUUCCUCUUGAAGUCUGGAUUAAGCCCAAAGAUCAAAGUGAUGCAUCAGUUGUGGCAAAGACUAAUUUCAAACAUUUGUAUUGGACGGUGACGCAGCAGCUAGCACACCACACUGUCAAUGGAUGCAACAUGAGACCAGGGGAUAUAUUUGCAACUGGCACACUCAGUGGACCUGAACCUGACUCUCUGGGGUGUCUGCUGGAGCUAACAUGGAAUGGGCAGAAGGAGAUACCAGUUGGAAAUUCGACCCGCAAGUUUCUAGAAGAUGGAGACGAAGUCAUCUUGACAGGCUGUUGCAAGGGUGAAGACUACAACAUUGGAUUUGGAACCAGCACAGGGAAGAUUCUGCCGGCACUUCCAUGAGCCAAAUGCCUUCACUUCGAUUCUGCAGUGUCUGAAUAAUCACAAAAGAGAGCAUGCAGCGAAUCUAGCAAGCUGCUGAGCAUCUUUAUGUGAUGGAAUUAAAUAUUAGGGAUUGUUUUCCUGGAUUGUAGAAUAGGAAACUGGUAUUCUCUAGUGCAAUAAAAUUGAUUCUAUGUCAUGUUUUGGUA